UUGGAGACCAAUAUUAAAACCCUAAGAUGACCAGCCUCAGGGCUCCUCUAAAGGACACGUGUCAACUCCACAUCCUCCACGAUUGGAUUUCUCUACAAGAAGAGUAAUACCACCCUAACCCAAUUACAAUCACUCCGCCCUUCUCUCCAUUUAUCACCCACUCUGUUCUCUCCUAAACACAAUAAUUAAUUAUUUCUCUCAUAAACACAAUUCUUUUCUGUUCUAAAUAUGAAUUUGAUUUAAGAAACAGAGUUGAAAUUAACCAUCAAUUUGAAAAAUAAUUGAAAAAAUGGAGCAGAGCAGCAGUAUUAGCCAUGUAUGGAGUAAUGAUGAGACAGAAGUGGCUUCAAUCUUAUUACAGCUUCCUCAUCUAAUCAAUCAUAGAGACACGCUUCUCCCAUUUUCGUCUUGGGGUGUUAAACGAAAGAGAUCUGUCUAUGAAAGCCUUUCUCACCGCCGUGCUUCUUCAUCUUCGCCUCCGUCGCCACCGCCGCCGCCAGCAGCUGAGAAAAUCGCCGUUAAAUGCGAGGCUACCACUACGAGUCCAGAUACGCCGCUAGCGUUUUGUCCGAGUGAAUCUGAUGAGAAAUCUAAGCGUUUGAAAAGAAAAUCGUCCGUCAAGAAGACUAAAGAGGAAUUGGUGGCCAUUAUUGAAGACUGUAAUCAAAGCAAAGAAUUGCUGAAAAAGAAAAUUGAAAAGUCUCAGCAAUUACACGAUCAGCUGAAAGCAGAAAAUUUAGCGCUGAAAGCAAGGAAACAAGAGCUAAUUCAGGGCCAUAUUAGAGAAAAAUCUCAAGCUGAAACUGAGACGGGGGCUAGAUUAACUGUGGAGGUUAAAACAGAAGUGGAUCAAAGACGGUCGGCGGAAACCGGCGAGACUUAUCAGAAUCCGCGUGGCAAAAGAAUGAGCUGGUUUCCGGGAAUGGCGAAGAUGAUUAGUAUACCUGAUCUGAAUGUAUAUCCGGGAGAGUCUUAUAUGAUGAUGGAAUUUAGCCAGCAGAGAGUUGAUGAUUUUAAUAAAGCUAGAGCUCAUGCUGCUGCUAGACAACGGAGGAUGCAAAUUUGUAGGCAGAAAAAUAGUCAUAGAUGAUGAUAUUAUUAAUAUUUUUUAUUUUCAUUUUUAACGCAAAUUUAUCACGCCAAUUGUAAAUUUGAGAGAAAAAUUUUAUCAUCACAUAAAUGUUAUUCUGAGAAAUCAAUCAUUAAUUAUUUA